AUGCGGGAAGUCAACUUCAGCAUCCCCAAUGUGAACAAGGCCUCGGUUAACAUCACCACAACUCUUUACGACCGCCGUGCCCUCGAUUGUACAUCGACUCUACCGUUAAUCAACUCGUUAAAUCACCUUGCAUAUCUCACAACUUCAUCUGCGCGCAUUCGGGACAUCUUGACGAUCGAUGGAGGUAUCGAACGACUCGUCUGCAUCCUCAAGGAGGGCAGAAGUAAGGAUCUGAUGGAAAUGUGGAAAUGGAGUCUCGCCUUCCAGUGCGUGGUCAAUAUCGGUGUGCGAGGGUCCGAAAGUGUGAGGACAAGAGUGGUUGAGGCCGACAUGGUGCCCGUCAUCGCCACCAUUUUGGACAAUUACAUCAAGGUUGUGGACAAAGUCCGGUCGCGGGCCGAGCCCGAAGCACACAAACACUCCUCCUCGAGCCGCCCAGUCACCAAGUCUAGCUCCUCCACGCGGGAGAUCACUGGGCGGUCAAAUGGCGCCGAUUCAAGCACACCAGCCGAGUCUCGCCCCUCUCGCCGGCAGGCACCUCCUCCCAGCAUCGAAAUCCCGCAGCCAUAUUAUCAGGAUAAUCAGCCAACUGAUUCCGAUGCGAUGGACAUUACUUCUCCUCCACGUGCCCCUAUGACUUCUCCUCCUGAACGCAGCACUUUCCGACAGGACGUCCCUAACCACCGCUCCCACGACACCCGGUAUGCGCGCGCGAGUCACCGCUUGCGGGCCAUGCAACCUCUCGCAACCGCCGUGCCCCAGAUAGAUACCACCGAAGAUUUUGGUCUGCGGCCUGUCCGUGAUACGGAUCGCCUCCCUAGCAUGCUCCCGGGCCUCCAAACUGGCAUCGUCUCACAACCGGACUCUCCAACCACCCCGAGUGGGCCUUUGCAGGCACAGUCUCGAAACGUGCCACCUCCACCGCCUCCCAUCAGACAGCGACCUGCCAUACGUCAACAGCUGUCUGCGUCCGGCGAAUCUGAUGAUGCAAAUGGAGAGGAUCUGGUCAUGGGUGACGGCAAUGGGUUGGGCGAAAACGCUGAUCCUAUCGUUGGACUGCCAAACCGAAUGGAUAUCGAUGGUGACGAGCAGCCAACCACGAUGAUCGAUGAUGUCUCAACAACUCAUGGUCUCACGAUGACCGAUCCUACUGAAGAAGGUCAAGAAUCUGAGGCCUUCAACAUUCAGCAUCGUUCUGCUGUCGAUGGCAGUAUCAUCAACAAUAAUGGUCCUACCCAAAACAAUGGCGGGCUGGGUCUUUCCCCAGCUCAGGCCACGAAUAACCCUAAUUCUCCUACUCUCGCCCCUAGUCCUUACGCCUUGUACCUUCGUGACCGCAAUACUCCCGCAACCCAGAAUGUCCUGACGACCAUGCCUCGCGACGAGGACGUUUUGAUGUCCCUGCAGCUCUUGGCUUACGUUUCCAAGUACUGCAACCUCCGAACCUACUUCCAGCGCUCACAUCUGGUACCAAAGCUCAAGAUCGACCGUGAACUUCAUCUGUUAGAUGAAAAUUCGGACCAAUCCUCGCCUAUUGAGAGCCCCGAGGAGGAAGAUGAAUAUUUGCUUCCUGACGAUGUGAACAUCUUCCCUCUGGUCGAGAAGUUCACCGUUCGACACCACUCCAAGGACAUGCAAUACUGGGCUUGUGUGGUGAUGCGAAAUCUUUGCCGCAAGGACGAGUCCCGUGGGGGCAUUCGUCAGUGCGCUUAUUACAAGUGUGGCAAAUGGGAGGAAUUCCAGCGCCAGUUCGCCAAGUGCCGCCGUUGCCGCCGCACCAAGUACUGCAGCAAAGACUGCCAGAAAGCCGCGUGGGUAUACCACCGCCACUGGUGCCACACAACUCCUUGA